UCAUUUUCUGGAAAACACAAGAAGUUUCACUUAGACUAAUAGAAGAUGGAACCUGGUGACAUAAUUAUCUGUUUCUAGAGUGUAUAUGGACAAAUUGUUUCAAGUCUUAUCAGUAGGUAAAAGUGUUUAUCCUCUAACUGAGUGCUGCAUAUUGCAUAAUCCAAAAGGAUUUGAUGACACUAAAUAUUUUAUUAAAAAGCAUUCUGUUAAGCUUAAUAUCUCAUAGGCCAAUCUCAUAAAACUACAAUAACUACAAAUUCAGUACUUCUAUUCAACCUAGUACACAAGACUUCUGAGAAGCCUUCCAGCAUUUUAUAGCAGUUUUUUCAGUGUUCAGCAAACAUUACUCUAUUUGCUAAACAAUAUCAGACUGCAAAAUUGCUCUUACUGUUGAUAGAUCAAUAAUGACACGGGAAAAGUCAUUACCUCCGUGGCAACAGAGUGGCAGCUGUGGGAGGAAUAUAGCGCGUGCCGCUGCUGCGCUCCGACAGCCAUGCCUCGGCUUCCUCACGUGCUGCUCUCUCUGCAAGCCUGGUAUGCCCAGGGUACCACCAACCAAGGGCACCUCUUAGACCACAGAGGAUUAAAUACAGCUCUGCUGACGUGAUUGCUGAAAGAAAAUAUGCUCACAAGGGUGUGUUACGCUUGAGUCUGAUGUCUUUAUGUUACUUACUUCUAAUGAACCGUCCGUUUGUAGGAAUAGCUAGGACAAAAUUCAGGAAGGCCAAUACACACUAUUCUGUUUGUAGCCCAAUAUUUUGUUGAAAGAAAUCACUUAGCAGUCUUUAACAAUAAAAAGAUAUCUUUCUUGUCAAUCAAUUUUUAUUUAAUUCCACUUUGACUCCCCAAGAUCUAGAAGUGGCAGGAGUCUUUAUACUUCAUUAAAAUGACAAAAGAGACCCUUUGAGAUAUUAAAUUUAAUACUUGUCAUGUCUUGGUAUAUUGAAACAGUCCAACAAAUAGGACAACAUACUUUUGCUCUGCAUAAGUUACCGCAGUUCCAUCUAGCACAAACGGAACAUUUUUUUUCAUACUUCACAACCUUCACCAUGUUAAUCACAACAUAUUAACCACAGAAAGCCAAAACUCCUCUGUGUCUUGAUCACCAUGGCUGAGCCUGGCUUGUGAUGUUUUGCUUUCAGCAACUCACCAAACUCACAAAAUACAUGGUGCUCAUCAGUAACACAAGAUGUGAACUUUGCCUCCAGAUGAAACAUGGAAAGUAUUUCCUCAUAAACACAUCUACUUUUACAUACUGCAGCAACACUGUAUUCAUAACCUAUUCACAUGGGAUGACAAAGGGCAAGUUUGCAACAAUUCCCUUUGGAAUCUGUUUUUAAUAAAUUUAAAUAAAAGGCAACAGAAGCGAUCCUGAGGGUGGCUUCAAAAAAAUCAAAACGAAGCUGUCACUCAAGCAUCAGCUGGAUUCCACAAAAAACAAGAAUUAGGCAAGCACUCUUCUGAAUGCUGAAAACAAGCUGGUCUGUAAAGCUCUCACAAGAACAGAACUGGAUGGUAAAAGUUCUUUUCCUUGCAAAUAUAAACAUGAGAAAUGGUCAUUAAUAUACCAAAGUCCAGAUGCUACAGCUGCAAUAUAAAUUAGCACUCAAAAUACACUGUGACUUGUUAUUUGUGAGAGACUGUAUUUUAGUACAGAGGAAAACUCAUCAACAUUUUGUUCUACUUACAGGAUAGGCCCUGCUGCUUUAGGAGACCACCACGCUGUGCGCCAAGUUCUUGGAAAGCAUACGGCAUCUGCCCAGGAGAGCGAGCAAAGCUGGCUGCACGGGCAGCCAUCUGCAGGACACCUUCCGUUCCAAACCCAGCUCUUCUCUGGCUAACACUAGGCAGUGAUGCCCUUGCUGCAGCCCCGACUGAACCAUCCUUCUGCGCAGGCAGCCAGCCCAAUCUUGUUCCCAUUUUUCCAUCCCGCUGCCACCCCUGCCAGGUGCUCGGGAGAAAAGGCCAAGCUGUACAAAACUACUCGGGUCUCCACCAUCAGCACCAAGCCCGAAAAGCACCGCUACUUUCUCAGGGACAAACCGCCCGCUUUAUCCCAUCAAAAAUCAUCCAAACUCGGACAAAUGAACGCAGUCAAAUCGGUCCCCGGACACAGCCAAAGCCAGGAAGGAGACAGACGCAUGCAGCAGUUUGCCGGCUGCCCACAUCCAGCCUCCGCCGCCUACGAGGACAGAAGGUGCCGACUGAACGGCGCUGCUCGUCCGAGAGCGGCUUCCCCGCUCUCACUGGCGCACCUGGCCCGCUUUAGCCCCGCGGCUUCACCCCGCUCCGCACAGCCGGCGGCAUCCAGCGCAGCCCGGCUCCACCAGCCCCUUCUGCAGCGACCUGCCUUCACCCUCAGGCAGCCCCGGCCCGAGGGAGCCCCGCCACCGCCUGCACCACCCAAGGGCCGGCGGGGUAAAACCCAGACCCCGCCCGAGGGCCGGCGGCGCGGGCACGGCCCGGGGGUCUUCGAGGGCCCACAGGCCCGAAGGGGGAGGCUGAGCACAGCAGCGGCCGCCCAGCAACGCCUCCCUGCCGUGCUGCUUGGCGCUCCCUGCGGACCCGACGGGGGGUGCGGGAGGAGGAGCGCGGCCCGUCCACCCCGGGGAGAGGAAGCGCGGCCCGUCCAUCCCGGGCAUGGCGCAGGGCCCGGGCGCGCGGACCGGCAGCAUCCCUUGCGUGCGGCCGCUACCCGGAAACGGAAGAAGCCUCACGCCGAUCGCCCCCCGAGUAUCCCUAGCAAAGCCCCGCCCCGGGGCAGUCUGACCAAUCGCGUCCGGGGGGGCGGGAAUAAUCGAUCCACGUUGGAUUGACAGGUCUCUCUCCCAAUGCAGCCGCAGCCGCUCU